GGUUUAAUUAAUGGUUGUGAGACUUAUUUUAAUUGACUUAGUGAUAUCAGAUAAUUUAUUAUGCUGUGAUUUGUUUACUUAAAAUUGGAUUGACUUUUAAAUUGCUAAGAUACCUGCGACAUGUCCUUUAUCGAGAUAGCAUUCCAAGCCGAAAUAAGUCGAUACGAAGAUACAGAAUUCGAAGAGUAUGCAAAAAGGCAUUGUAAUGAAGAUCCAGAUACUAGGGGCAAAGUAAUCGAGGAGCUGCGGCGAUUGAUACGCGAGCGUGGGGAAUGCAAUCCCCGACGAAUAGAUGACGCCUAUUUACUUCGGUUCCUUAGAUGUCGACGGUCCAUACCUGCGUUAGCGCAUAAACUGAUGGUGCGCUACGAACAAUUUCGUCGUGAGAACGCGUACUUAUACGACUGCGAUCCCUUCAACCUUGUGCUGGUGAAGGACGUCUACGCCGGCGUAUUGCCAGAGAGCCCAGACCACGGACGGAUCAUUCUUAUGAGGUUUGGUCGAUGGGACGUGGACGCAGCAGCCAUAGAAGAAGUGGUCCGGUAUGCGCUAGUAAUGGAUGAGAUAGCCAUAAUGCAACCGAAACUGCAGAUACUCGGAGUCACUAUAGUGGUGGACCUAGACGGACUAAACUUGAGACAAGUGUCACAAUUAACCCCAACAGUGGCUGGACAGAUCGUUAGUCUUAUGGGGGUAAUAAAACUAUUUCUAAUACCUUCUCCCUUUUCAUACAACCAGUGA